UACUUCACCUGCUAUCACUUCAGAAAAGAAGGGGAAAUGCAAUGUAAAGGAACCGGAAAAGGAGAAACAGAAAUUGGAAAAGGUUACAUCGGCCUUAUUUUCUAUUUUCAGGACCGCUUACUGCUAGAAAAAAAACUUAAAAAGGAAGCUGACGAACGUGACCGUGAAGAAAAGCGACGGAUAAAAGAGGACGAACGGAGAAAGAAAGAAGAUGAAAGAAUUAAACGUGAUGAAGACAGAAAACGUAAGGAGCAAGAAAGAGAGCAGGAUAGAUUGCGAAAAGAGGAAGAACGCCGCAGACGUGAAGAUGAGAAAAAAAGAAAAGAGCUUGAAAAAGAGGACGAGCGGAAGAAGAAGGAAGAAGAAAGACUUAAAAAGGAUGGUGAGCGCAUCCUUAAAGAAAUGGAAAAAAAGAAGGAGGAAGAAGAACGUUCGAAAAAAGUUGAAAAGCAACGCGCAAUUUUAUUCGGAUUCUUAGUCAAAUCGAACGAAAAACUGGUACGUAAUUGA